GUAUGCAGAAGAACUGGCUACUACAAGGGUCCUCAAACACAGCUCUGAGUCUGCUAAUGGAAAAUGUGGAGAAAACCUAGCAUGGGCAUCUUAUGACCAACCAG